UCUAGUAGUAUCGAGCUACAACAACACAAAACACCUCCGUCUAUUUACAGUCUCUUCGUAUCAGCCGGGGGACAGCACCGUUUAACAGGCAUUGUUUUUAUUUUAAUCCAGCGUUUCUUUUUUUGAAAUCCUGCGAUCUGAGGUCGUGUUUAUACGUAACGGCAGAGAGAGAGAGAGAGAGAGAGAGAGAGAGGGUUUUGCUUUGAAUUUGAGCAGAACUCUUCACACCUGCCUUUGUUAGCAAGUUAGCCUCGCUAAACUCUUCUGCCGUUCAGUAGCUUCUCGUCCUUUAUUUUCUGUUUGUUUUCUGGAUUAGUGUUAUAUAUAUACUCUUGUUGUAUACAUAUAUAUUUUGUAAAUUUACAAUAUCGUUAGUCAGCCAGCAGUUAUAGCUAAAGCAGUGCUAACGGAUCAGCUCUUUGUUCGUGGCUCAGGAAAAUACCCACAUCAGCACCGCCUUGCAGUGAUGAUGAUGGUGAUGAAAAGGAGACAGAGCUGAGAGCCGAGUGUGUGUGGUUGUGUAACGUUCACAUUGGGAGCUGGAAGAACCUCUCCCCCACACACACUGCAUCCAUGUUCUCCCCCGACCAGGAAAACAUCUCUACAUCCUCAACCAAAGUGCCAGUCAAAUAUGGAGAACUUAUUGUGCUUGGGUAUAAUGGCUCUCUACCAAACGGGGACAGAGGUAGAAGAAAGAGCAGGUUUGCACUCCUCAAAAGACCCAAAUCCAAUGGUGUGAAACCGAGCACUGUACAUGUAGCCUGCACCCCACAGGCGGCCAAGGCCAUAAGUAACAAGGAUCAGCACAGCAUUUCCUACACGCUGUCCCGGGCACACACUGUAGUGGUGGAGUACACUCAAGACAGCAAUACAGACAUGUUUCAGAUUGGCCGCUCAACCGAAAGCCCUAUAGAUUUUGUGGUGACCGACACUGUUCCCGGGAGUCAGAGCAACUCAGACACGCAGACGGUGCAGAGCACCAUCUCUCGCUUCGCAUGUCGAAUCAUGUGCCAGCGAACGCCUCCUUACACCGCCCGCAUAUAUGCUGCCGGGUUUGACUCCUCCAAAAACAUCUUCCUGGGGGAGAAAGCAGCAAAGUGGAAGACUUCUGAUGGACAGAUGGAUGGUCUGACUACUAACGGAGUGUUGGUUAUGCAUCCUCGGCACGGCUUCACGGAAGACUCCAAACCCAGUGUGUGGAGAGAGAUUUCAGUGUGCGGAAAUGUGUUCACCCUGAGAGAGACCCGCUCAGCUCAACAGCGAGGAAAGAUGGUAGACAAUGAGACGCAAGAGUUAGUAGAUGGCUCUCUGAUCGAUCUCUGUGGAGCGACUCUCUUGUGGCGUACGGCUGAAGGGCUUUCCCGCACUCCCACCGUCAAACACCUAGAGGCACUCCGACAGGAGCUGAAUGCUGCUCGACCCCAGUGCCCUGUGGGUUUCAACACCCUCGCUUUCCCCAGCAUGCGCAGAAAGGACAUCGUAGAUGAGAAGCAGCCAUGGGUCUACCUAAACUGCGGACACGUUCACGGCUACCACAACUGGGGGAACCGCGAUGCCGAGAGGGAUGGAAGAGAAGGCCAGGAACGGGAAUGUCCCAUGUGCCGCGCUCGUGGGCCAUAUGUACCGCUGUGGCUGGGCUGUGAGGCAGGAUUUUAUCUAGACGCGGCCCCACCCACUCACGCAUUUAGUCCCUGUGGUCAUGUGUGCUCGGAAAAGACAGCGGCGUAUUGGUGUCAAAUCCCCCUCCCUCAUGGAACGCACACUUUUCACGCCGCCUGUCCUUUCUGUGCCCAGCAGCUCAGCGGUGAGCAAGGAUACAUCAGACUGAUCUUCCAAGGGCCUGUGGAUUAAACCCACUUGCCUACAACCUUAUGCAGCAGUAAUCCCACAGUCUGAUAUUUUACACAAAUAUUCAGAUAAACAGUCAGCCUUUAUCUUUCUUCCAGUUUCUUUACGUUGGUCAUGUAAUUAACUUUUUAUAAAGCUGAAUUUUUCUGCACUCAGACUGUUUUUUUUCUUCCUCUGAUUUGUAAGUUACCUUUAUACUGCUUUUACAAAUACGGAGAAAAAUAGAGAGAGAUAUGUAUCUAUAUAUUUUCAAAUAAAAUAAAAAUCAAAGCAAAAAAAUGUAUGAAACAAAUUGACCUAUUCAAAAUAACAGAGCAUAUGCACACCCAUGUUUUGGAUUGCUUUGGUGGCUCUGGUUUUUAUUUAUGUGGUUGACAUGGCUGUUAUAGAUGGUGAUAUGUACAGUAAUUAUUUACAAACAGUAAUACUCAGCAUUAGAUGCAAUACACCCUCCUCAAAUAUAAUGAGAUAAUAGGUGAGUCUAUUUGUUCUUGCAUCAAUCAAUAAUUCCCAGUGUUUCAUAAAGCAACUACAUUAGAUUAUAGAAGGUUGUUAAAAAUUCAAAUGUUUCUAACUUAAAAAAUACUUUAUUUAUACACAGUAUCAAUGUUUAUCAAAGAUUUUUAUUGGUGUGUUCUUUGGGGAGAUGAGUUAUAUGUUGCUGUUUUUAUUUCAAUCUUUUUGUUGAUAUGUCCGUGUCUCUAAUGUCUAAAGAGUCUCUUUCCAUCUUCUACAUGUAGCCUUUGGUAGAUCUCAGACUUCCUCUGUUCUGUACUUCGUUCUCAUCUUUGUAGGUAACAUGAUUGUUAUGUGUGUGUGAAAUCUUCUUUGCAAUAGUUUCAAAGUGAACCAAUAAGGUCGUGCUCAGAGAACAUAAUUGAAACAUCAAAACUUCCAGAAAGGCCUAAAAGUCUUCACCUCCCUUUAAGCACAGGCCAAAACCAGAAGUCCUAUGUGUGUCUGUGUGAUUUUCAGAGAGUGUUUGCAAACAAAUUGUGUAUAGGUCAGCUACAAAUGUCUCUGUUCCUUGCUUUGACAUUGUCUGGAAAUACAUGGUUCUCCAUAAAAUGCUUUGUGGUUCUUUGCUUCCUUCAAGUGGUGACUGCAUUUGUCCAGUAACAUGCUAAAUUAUCAACAAGACAUUAAUUUCCUUUUUUAUAUACACACUCACCUAAAGGAUUAUUAGGAACACCAUACUAAUACUGUGUUUGACCCCCUUUCGCCCUCAGAACUGUCUUAAUUCUACAUGGCAUUGAUUCAAGAAGGUGCUGAAAGCAUUAUUUAGAAAUGUUGGCCCAUUUUGAUAGGAUAGCAUCUUGCAGUUGAUGGAGAUUUGUGGGAUGCACAUCCAGAGCACGAAGCUCCCUUUCCACCACAUCCGAAAGAUGCUCUAUUGGGUUGAGAUCUGGUGACUGUGGGGGCCAUUUUAGUACAGUGAAGUCAUUGUCAUGUUCAAGAAACCAAUUUGAAAUGAUUCGAGCUUUGUGACAUGGUGCAUUAUCCUGCUGGAAGUAGCCAUCAGAGGAUGGGUACAUGGUGCUCAUAAAGGGAUGGACAUGGUCAGAAACAAUGCUCAGGUAGGCCGUGGCAUUUAAACGAUGCCCAAUUGGCACUAAGGGGCCUAAAGUGUGCCAAGAAACAUCCCCCACACCAUUACACCAUUGCAUUGAGAAAUUGAACAGGUGUUCCUAAUAAUCCUUUAGGUGAGUGUAUAUUCCAGUCUUUGUUGCGUCAAAUUGGCUAGUUUUUAUCAAGUGAGACAGAAAUGAGCACCAAAAGUUUGAUUGGAUUUGUUGCCCUAAACAAAGAAUUUUAGUAAAAUUUCAAAAUGAAUAAACUUAAGUAUACAAGAGAAAUUACACUUUCAGGAAUGACCUGCAAUCCACAGCACUACCAUUUCCGAUAAAACGUAUCUCGAUCACUUAUUUCCUAUGUUAUUCUCUUGAUUUUCAGAAGAAUAACAUAGGGAGUAUAUAUAUAUUGAAAGGUUGUUUUAUUUUAAAGAUAACUGAUACCACUUUAUUGACUUCCAUCACAUGCAGAGCGCAUUCUGUGCAUUAACUCCUGUUUGCAAGAAAGUUGGAUUUUUCAUUCUCCUUAAAGAAUUGACCUCUGUGUACGAGUAGGUAAUAUAUUUGAAUUUUUAAUUUUGUUAUGUUUGAAUUUAUGUAUUGUAGAAACUGUUGUGUGUACGGUGUGAAUGUAUUAAAUGUAUUGUAUUGUGUUUCGUGUAAGAAUCUGGAGAGCAUAUGUUGAAUCCAAAGGGUUGAGAAUUCCAGAAUUCUGUGAAAUGUAUUGAGAUAUUCUUCCUGCCUAUGGAUUUCAUAUUUAUACCAUCGCUCAAUUUCUGCUGUUCUGAACAGCAACCAGACAGCAUGCUGGUGCAAUUUUGACCUCAGGGAGUUCCCUCAAUUUAGACCACCAGGGCAUGUGUACAUGAAGUAUUCAGAUCCAGGCAGCUGAUCUGGGAUCUGUGUGUGUGCGCGCGCGCUCGUAGUGCUACGAGUGACUUUGAAGCUUGAUCACACCACAGAGAUCUUUCUUCUUAUGUCACUUGUCCAGUAUUAAACACACUAAAUGUUAGCAUCACAUUUACACAUCUUUUAUGGGUAUCACACGUUUUAAGAUUGCGUGUGUAAAGGGCUUUUUCCUUUUCAUAUUUUGUUGAUCUUAUUUUAAUUCUUCGGCUGGCUUUUGUCAUGUUUUGGUCUAACCAGUCUGCAUGAUCCUAGUUCAAGUGUGUAUGUGAGAGAGGAUGUGUCCGUGUAUUCUGAAAAAUCAGUACACUUACAGGCAAAUGCUGAAAAUGUUUCUGAUCUACCAUUUUUGUACCAAUUUUAAACAAAUAAAAAUGUUUAAAAGUUGAA